AUGGCUUUAGCCGUUACUCUCUCUGCAACACUAAUAGAAGAAGAACUAUUUCUAAAUGAGAAAACCAAGGCUACAAAAAAUCACGAAACAUUAGAUGAUGAGCUUCUAAUGGAUGCCAAAAACCAGGAGAAAACCUCCCUGAGGGGAACAAGCAGCAUCUUCCUUGGUCCGAGGGCUGUGACGACAUCAUCAUGUGACAAGAACCCUAAGGUUUGUAGAGCCGCCGCAUACGGCUCAAGAUCACAUUGCUGUCACAACAAGUGUGUGGAUGUGAAGACGGACACACUCAACUGUGGGAAAUGUGGGGUGAAAUGCAAGCAAGGAGAGAUAUGCUGCAACGGCCAUGUUGUGCGCACAAUGUCCGACAAAAAACACUGCGGGAGAUGCGACAACCAUUGCAAGAAGGGUGGUUCUUGUGCGUUUGGGAUGUGUAGCUAUGCUUAA